CCUUAACUGGGCAACAGCACCCCCCGCCCGCCUCACACCUGGUGACGUGCCACGGCACGGUUCGCGACAUGGAAAAUGGUCGAACGGUUAUUUGCGUGACCGAACCAUGCACGGCGACCGAGGAGAGAUGAAUUCGAUUGCAACGCCAGCUGCAGACCACAAUGCAAGCAAUUCAGAUGUCAAAGUUGCGGUCGAGAGAUCUGCCGACGGGACGACUACACCUCGACCCCCAAUCGGUCCCGCCUUCUCCCGCUUCGGUCUCACACAAUGCAACGGACCCGGGUUGUCAUCUCCGGGAUCAGCACCGAUUCCAUCUUUCACAGGGCUGUGGGCCUCAAAAUGCGGCCCUCGAAAUGCGGCCCUCGAAAUGCGGCCCUCGAAAUGCGGCCCUCUCCAAGCAGCCCAGCAGCAGUGGUGCAGCGGUCCUCAGAACGGAAAGCCCCGCAAGGUCGCGGCAAGCAAGGGUGCCGGGGGGGUUCGGUGGUUGUUGUGGGGCAGGGGUCAAUCUUUUUCAGGCAACUUGGCGCCUUGCCAAGAAUGUCUGAAUGCCUCCAUCCCAUGAGGUCCACUCUCCGGACGCCUUCACGUUGGGUGCCGCUAACUAGCGCGCGUCGCGACCCACAAAGAAACGGUGGGUGGCCGGGCGAGACUUGUCCGUUAUCUUUUUGUUUUAUCUUUUUCUUUUCUUUUUUUCUGAUUCCAGCAUCCUCGCUCGCUUCCAUGCUCAUCCCCUGAGCCAAGAAAUUGUGAGAAUAUGGACGCCGUCACGAGUCGAUGCAGCGCGUCUGCAAUUAUCAACGUGAAAACUCCGAGGGGCGGUUUUGACCCUUGUUCACGCGAUGGUGGUGGCUGAGAGAAAAUAAGGUUGGGGGCUGUUUUGACAAAACCCACAUUCGAAUUCUUUCUUCAACCUUGGUUUGUGUGUGAUUUCUAAUGUCGAGUUAAUGAGGAUGAGAGUGACUGCUGAGCUGAGCUGAGGUUCCACCGCCGCUUGAGUUGCCUUACUACCAGACUGCCAGCAAACAACCUCCCUAGGUACCUUACCGCGCCUCCCUACCUGCUGCUACCUGACCUGAGGUGCAUCGAAGAGCCGCAAAGUUAUUGAUGUUCCGGUCUGUUUCGGCCUAUCAUCGAAAUGCCAGGUCGUCCCCUUCCCCACCCGGAGUGUGGCUGACUUGGUACCGUCUCCGGCGUCGAAUACCUGACCGUGGGCCGCGAACGACAUGCCCUUCCGUCCCGAGGGUAACCUAACCUGUAAAAGAUGAGAAAACAGAUGGUGGGUCUUCAGGACGGCCCACGGAUUCCCGUCGUGUCCCUUCUGAUCAGCUGUUGGCUGCCCUUGGCUGCACUCGUGCGGCACAGCCAUAUGGACCAUCCACACGUCGAUGCCAACACUGGCUUUCAGGGGUGCAGAAGACGGAAGUGCGUGCAGCUGCAAGCCAACCCGCGCGAAAGCUCAGACGGCCUUGCUCAGCCCCAGUGGGCAUGCUGCGCUUGCCCACCUUAUGUACGUACCUUGUCACUUGUCGCCGUUGGACUGCGGGGAAGAUACAUACAGAUGGACAAAGAGCGAUGCGGCUCUGCUCUCCCCAGCACACUCCCCUCCGCAGCAAUGGGCGGGGAGACAUGCCACGGAGACCAGGGUGACCAGGACCCCCAGGUCCGUCGGGAAAGAUGACGCCCC